GUGGUUGCUUAGCAACAAUCGUUUUAAGAUGUUUGUCAUGUUUGUGGAUUUCCCUAAACAUUGUGCUAAACAUUGGUGUCCUUAAACCUUAAAUAUUGUAUGUAAGCAAUUACCGUGUAAAACUCUGGAAGACAACAGUUAUUCAGGGAAUUUUAUUACUCAGAAUGGCACAAAGUUCUGUUUCCGUGCGAGAUUACACUAGUAAUUCCAACGACAACAGUUUGUCCACCAAAGAGUUUUUACAAAAUGAGCAAUCUUGUGAAAACUUUAAAGACAGUGACGAUGAAAUCAAGAUGAUAUUGACUGAAAUUAACAAGCUUUCUGGUGGCAACAACAACAACAGUCUGCUAGGUGACACAGACGAUGUUGAUGUGAUACUCAAGAGAGCGGAAGACAUUGCCUUUGAAACAGAGAACCUAUUGAAAAGUAGUCCUAUAGCAUCCGUUCUAAACGCAGCGCCCGACGCUAGCAAGAAUGAAGUACCAGAAAUCAAAGUUACAAAACCAGCUGAUGAGCUUAAGACUGAAAAUAAAACUCCUGUGCAUAAGGUGGUUAAGCAGACUAGUAAAGAAAACGAAACACGACGGAAGCCCAAAGCGAGGCCUUAUUCAGCCGGCGUCAUCGAUUCCAAGAAAAGAGAGUCCGCGAAAGUCGCCAGGUUCGUCACAAAUUCACCAAAACGUGCCGCAACUUGCAAACACGAACAUGUCAUUGAGGAGCUAAAAGACACCACUGAAAGAGCCAAAAGCCUGGAGCUCGCCAACGUACAAUUGACGGAUGACAAUAAAGUUUUAAGAAAACAAUUAGAAAAAGUAAACGAAGAAAAGCAUGUUGCUGAUCUCAAGUUAGUAGAAUGUGAAAAGUUUAUAGGACGAUUAGGGAAAGAAUAUGAGAAUAGAAAUGCUGAAUUGAAAGCAGUGAGACAAAAUGAGAGCAAAUUGAUGGCGGAGCUGCAGAGGGAACGUAAUGAGAGGAAGAAUUUGGCGUUGCAGCGAGAUAAGGACUCUGCUAUUACUCAGGAUUUGCAGAGGCAGGUCAAGGAAAUGGAGAUGAUUUUGAGGAGGAAACAUCCGGACUCUGUUUCAGCGUUAAUAGUUGCUUCAAAAUCGUCAACUGUCGAGGAUAAUAAAAAAAAGUUAUUAGAAGAGCGUAUCGCGCGUUUGGAGCAAGAACUGAAAGACAAAGAAACGCAUUUCCAGGGAAUUCUGCUGACCCUCCAAGAAAAGUUUGGUGACAUGAAACAAAAGUACGAAAACCACAUUAUAGACGUAGAACGUCAAUUAAUGGAGGACCGAAAAGUGAAUACUGAAUUGAAAAAUAAGCUAAAUAAGCUUAAUUUGGUGGAUACAGCUUCUCAAACUGUGCCUAGAGGUUUUCAUACUGUUAGUACGCAGACGGUUCUCAAACCUGACAGGGCGUCUUCGGCCGUGAGCAGGAUGACGCAAAAUUCGGCGCUGCUUAUAAACAGACUGAAGGAGGACAGUUAUCUUUGUGCUACUAUAAAGGGUCUGCAGGCGGAACUGACGGCCAAACAGAGGACUAUUGCUAAGAUAAAUCGGGAAACGGAAGAACUGAGGAAGAAUUUACGCAGUCUGCAGAAGGAAAAGGAAGUGCUCCUCCAUUUGAAUCCUCAAAAGAAACCAGGCUACAGGCCAAGCGCGAAAUCAGCCGAGAACAUUCUAGUCAAAGUGACAUCCGAAAUGGAAGCGGAACUAUCAGAGAGUAAAAACAUCAAGAGGUGCUGAUGCAGGAAAGAAGCAGUUUGCUCGACUCGCUCAAGCGGACCAAUGAGGAGUUUAUACUGCUUAAGAAGAAAAGGAUUCAGGAUCUCCACACUCUUCAACUAGCCCACGAAAAAGAGCUGAUGCAGAUGAACAUGCAGGUCUACCCCUUGCAAGAAGAGAUCAAGCUCCUCACCAGAACCGUGGAAAUACUCCAAGAACGUGUCAGGACUGCCGACGACAA